AUAUUUAUAAAAUAACGAACGAAGAGAUAAAAGAAAAUAAGAAAAAAAUUAACAACACAUAUUUCGUAGUUGAUUUUUAAAAAAAUACGUAAAAAGUGAAUUUUUCUAAUAAGAAAACGAAAUAAAUUGAACAACAAAAAUUAAAAUGGCUUACACAAAUAUUAUGGAUGAAACCAGUGCAUUACGCAUGCCAGUGCAACAACAAAAACAAGCAGCAUUCGAGCCAGUCUCGAGAACUUAUCAAUACCGCAAAGUGAUGAAACCCAUGUUGGAGCGCAAACGUCGUGCGCGCAUCAAUCGGUGCCUCGAUGAAUUGAAAGACUUGAUGGUGACAGCUCUUCAGGCUGAAGGCGAAAAUGUCUCGAAAUUGGAAAAGGCCGACAUUCUUGAGUUGACCGUCAAACAUUUGCACCGUCUCCGCAAAUCACAACAACUCACCAGCAGCCCAUCACUCGAACAAGACAAAUUCCGUGCCGGAUUCAUUAGUGCCGCCAACGAAGUUUCGCGAUGCUUGGCCUCGACACCCGGCGUCGACAUUCACCUCGGAACAAAGCUCAUGACACACUUGGGACACCGCUUGAAUGACAUGGACAAAGUUACACCUUUAUCAAUCCAAGUGUCAUCGCAAUCUUACACACCUCCCUCGUCGCCCGCCUCAUGCCACAGCAACAACAGCAGCAUGUACUAUCAAAUGCCUUUGACACCCACCUCUUCCGCAUCAAUUUCGCCAAAACCAAUUGAUUGCACAUCAUACCAAACGGGCCUCUUGAAAGUUAUCCAUCCAACUGGAGACAAAAUGUGGCGACCAUGGUAAACAAUAACAAAUUCUGUUUAAACGGAAAACCAGUGUGCAAAUAAUGACUUUAAAACAUUUUUUAUUUGUUAAAUUUUACAAAGUUAUCAAUUAAUUGUUAAAAUAGUUUUUUGUUUGAAAAUCGCACUUUAUAUUGUAAAACGCACAGUUUGAUUGUUUUUCAACAAUUUUUAGUUUUCGAUCUCAAUUGAAUAAUUUUUUGAUCUUUGUUUAUUUUUAAGUUUCAUUUUACAGUUAAGUUUAGACUUUGCAUUUAUAGUUAAGAAAAAAAAAUGCGCGAAAAACUCAAAUAGCUUUAAUAGUUUGAUAGAAAAUUGUGAUACAAAUGAGCAUUUUAUAUGUAAUUUAGCAAUAAGAAUAGAUUAUAAGAAAAAAAACAUAUA